AUGGAAAAAUUCGAUUGGCAUAAAAGACUACAGCCGCUGUUAUUUUUCUUUAGAAUAGUAGGCCUCUGGCCAAAAAAGCAAGAACUUUACAGCUACAACCUCUACACACUAUACACUGCUCUGUCGUUUAUUUUGUUCGAUGUGUGCCACAAUCUCUUCCAAGUGGUACAAAUGUUUCUGAUCCCUAUGGAUUUAGAAGCUGUGGCUGGAUCCCUAUUCAUCGCAGUCCAAGCAGUGGCAGUUAUUAAAGUUUUCGCUUUCAUACGGCAGAUGAAAAUGAUUAAAGAGCUAAUGCUGAAACUGAACGACGACAUCUUUCAACCCAGAACACACGAACAAAGAGUAAGAGUAAGCGCAGCUUUGCAAUUUUGGUGGAGGAUUUAUGUGGGAUAUCAGUUAACUCUUGCUUGCACUGUAGUUCUAUGGAGUAGUUUCCCACUUCUGGAUAAAUCGUACAAAGAAUCUCGUUUGCCAUUCGUGGCUUGGUAUCCAUACGACUACACUAAAAGCCCUCUUUACGAAAUCACGUACUUUUAUCAAAGUUUUAGUCUGGCUUUUCUCAACGUGUGUAACUCAAACUUAGAUAUGUUUGCAGUGUGUUUGAUGAUUUGUAUUGGAGCUCAGUGCGAUAUUUUGUGUGAUAAUUUGAAAGGACUUGGACAUUUGGAGGAAGAAGGAGGCUAUAAUGAUUUUAACAGUGGGUUUUUGGAUAUUAUAAGAGAACACAAAGAAAUUCUGAUGUAUGUAAAUUCCUUAAUGUGUCACACAAGUAAUAAUUAA